GAGGGGAGCGUGCGCGUUGCUGCCGGUGGGGGUGGGUGGCCACGUCGGGUGCGGCGCGGCGCGGGCCGGCAGCGUGUGCCUCCACUGCGGGUAAGGUGGAUUUUCAGAGCACGGCGGCCUACAAGUCCGGGCGUGCAGAGUAUGGCUUCCGAGAUUCAGCUCUUGUCCUCCUUCAUUGCCAUUACAGCUUUUGCCUCGCUCCUUCGCCCUUGUUCAGCCAUUGAGUUCCAUCGUGAGCUCUACAGCUGGUCCACUGGCAUUGCCACGUGGUACGGUGAUGCUAAUGGCGCCGGAAGCGAAGGUGGUGCAUGUGGGUACCGGUAUGCUGUCGACCAACCACCGUUCUCUUCCUUGAUUGCCGCGGGCAGCCCUUUCAUCUACGACUCUGGCAAGGGAUGCGGCUCUUGCUACCAGGUGGUAUGCUCUGGCAGUGAAGCUUGCUCUGGUUACCCGGUGACUGUCGUCAUUACCGACCAGGGCCCUGGCGGAGGCCCAUGCCUGAGCCAGGCAGGCGACGGCACGUGCCUGAACGAGGGAGCCCACUUCGACAUGAGCGGAACUGCGUUUGGCGCCAUGGCAAAGCCGGGCAUGGCCGAUCAGCUCCGCGCUGCUGGCCUCCUCCAAAUCCAGUACACCCGUGUGCAGUGUGAAUGGCCUGGAGUAGACGUAACCUUCUCUGUUGACUCCGGCUCGAAUCCGAACUACCUGGCUGUGCUCAUCGAGUUCGAGGACAGCGACAGCGAUCUCUCGUCUGUUGACAUUAUGCAGACUGGUGCUGGCGCGACGGGGCAGUGGGUGCCGAUGCAGCAGUCGUGGGGUGCGGUGUGGAGGCUCGAUUCCGGGUCCGCUCUCCAUGGCCCGUUCAACAUCCGCCUGACGUUCAACUCAGGUAGGGUUCUAGUCGCCAGCAACGCCAUACCUGCUGGGUGGAACGCCGGCGUGGCAUACCGGUCAGGUGGCGUGGCGGUGACGAGGGCCAGGCCCAGAGGUGGUGGCUGCCGGGGCUACAAGGCUGCCGGAACAUUGAGGGGAUUGGUGUAUCACCUUGUCCUGUUGUUUGUGGUUUUGGAGUUGUGAAUUCUGAUGCAAUGCAGCUUUGGUGGUUUUGAGGUUGCGAAUUAGGGCUACCCGGAUUGAUUUAGCUGUGUAUUUUCUUGUAGCUGAGGUUUGAGGAUAAAUUACUCGUAGUGUUGUAGACAUUUUUGUUGUCAUCGAGUUAGCAAUAUCUUAGUAUUACUAAUUAGAUGCUCCUUUAAGAGCCUCCAUGUCAAUCCUCAUGAUCUGCGCUAGAGCAACAGAAAUUCUCAAAAAAA